CUUCCGACGUUAUAAAGCCCGGUGGGUCCCGUCCGGCGUGGGAUUUGGAGCCAUGGCGGCCAACCGGGUGGGCAGAAGGCUGGGGCGGGCUUCUCCGGCGCGGCCGGGCGCGGCGCUCUCCCCGGAAGCCUCCCGCACGGACCGGACCCCGAGCCCCGGCAUCCAGAGGCGCCAAGCCCGAGUCACCGUCAAAUACGACCGGAGGGAGCUGCAGAGGCGCCUCGACACUGAGAAGUGGAUCGACGGCUGGUUGGAGGAGCUCUACCGGGGCCAGGAAGAAGACAUGCCGGAUGAGGUGAACAUCGACACUCUCCUAGAGAUGGGCACAGACAGCGAGAGGGCUAAGAAGCUGCAGAGUAUCUUGGAAACAUGCCACAACAACACAGAGGAGUUCAUCCGGGAGUUGCUGGGGAAGCUGCGAGGCCUCCGGACAGAACACGUCCUUCGACGGACGAGCCCCAGCGGCCGAGGAGAUGUAGAGCCAGGCACUGAAAUACGGGACCAAGUCUGAAGUCGGCGGGCAAGGCAGAGCUUGUUAACUACUUGGCCGCAGCUGUUGCCAGGAUGGACUGGUUUCCUUGUCAUGGUGGUCCCUGGCUGCAGAGCUGCUGCUGCGUGUGUUGUGGCAUUGUCAUCGUUCCAGCUGCCAAAUUCCCAACUGUGUUGAGCUGGGCAGAUGUUUGCCCAAGGCAGCUGAAUUGCAGGGUCUGCGAAGCUGCCUUUCGAAAUAUUACCUCUUCCCACGUUGUAUAAAUCUGUAUAGUGUAUCCUCUGCUUUCGGGGUUAACCUGUAAUAAAGUGCGGUGUCUUUA